AGCAGCUUAAGUGUUCGACACCUCUUUGAGCAGACGCCGGGGCCGCUUCCUGUUGCACACGAAAAUCGGAUUAAGCAUGUAGCUAGCAAUUAACGGGGGUUGGCGAUCCGAGCGAGCGGCACGGAACACACACACACACAAGCUCGCGGUAAUUGCGCAAUCGAUGCGGUCGGUGGGGCGGUGGUGUGCCCGUUUGCGUUGAGAUGGCACGAGCACAGCCGGGGUGCCGGGGUUGCGGGCGGGAGGGUGCGUUUUCGGUCGGAGCUGCGAUUUGUGCUGCAGUCAAGUGAGCGUCGCAGCAGCAGCAGCGGGCCGGCCUCCGUGCUAUUAUGUGAGGCAUCGGCGGACGGACGGCCCCGCCGGAUUCGCGCUUUGCCCCCCGGCGGCGGGGGCCUCGGUUUCGGCAUGACGACACCGAGCUGCUGAUGGCCGACGCGCGGAGCCACUCGCGGCGCCGCCGCUCGCUGUUGCGGACGGCCGUGGCGCCGCUGCCCGCCGAGCCCAUCGUUGAGCCCGAGGCGUGGAGGGUGGCCCAGUUCCUCAACUGGCAGGAGACCACUAGCUUCGAGCCCUACAUUUACGCACUGUCGUCGAGCAAGGCCGGCUCGACGCCGACAAGCAACGAGGCCGGCCGGCCGUGGAGCAUUUUCUCAGGGUUGGCGGCCGUGAAGCACCUGCCAACCAGGUACGAGUUCCUCGCCGGCAAGUACCUGUCCAAGUCGACAGUGUUCGGCAUCCGCGACGUGUCGCUCGGCCGGCAGGGCUGGGUCUUCCGCUUCGACCGGCCGCACGCGCCGCACCACGAGUUUAGCCACCUCAACAUCAACCCUAAGUUUACCGGGGUGGCCGACCCCCACAUUCCCCUGCCCGGAGGCGCCGUUCCCGUUGGCGAGGCUGCCACCAAGGUCAUCAACGUCGCUGGAAAGGUCGUCCUCGUCGCCGCCGUUGCCGUCGACAGUUACAGACUUGGGGGCGCCGUCUACAAAGAUCUGCAGGAGAAUGAGACUUUGGGGCAUAGAACUGCCAAAACGACUGCUUCCGUCGCUUCCGGCUGGGCCGGGGGUUUCGCCGGUGCCGCGGCUGGCAACAGCGUCGGCACCAUUGUCGGUGGUGCGAUCGGUGCCGCUUUCGGAGGGAUUGGGGCCGUGCCUGGAGCGGCCAUCGGCUCCAUGGUCGGAUGCCUGCUCGGAGGCGUCACCGCCGGCGUCGGCGCAAGCACUGUUGCGGAGGUUGUCGUUGAGAAACUCAGGGGCAAUCUGCAGGGCGUGGUGUCGUGCACGGAGGAAGGGCACCUGGUGGUGAAGCCGUCGUUCCCGCCGGAGAACGAGGAGCAGGAGGACGAGUGGCUGGAGAUUUUGCGCGUGGUGGCGUGCGUUGCGCUGCGUGGGCGGCACAUGAGCGUGGUUGCGUACCAGCCGGCGCACCAGGUGUUCUCGGCCGAGAUCUCCAACAUUCUGCAGCCAGAGAGCGUGAAGAGCGAGCAGCGCUUGUUCGUCACCGAGUCGAUCAUGUCGUGGCCCAUCGUGCGCGAGGUGUGUGGCACGCCGCAGUUUUUCUUCUCGGCGCUGGCGAUGACGCCGGUGCCGCUGCCCUCCGACCUGGCCACGCUGCGCGGCUGCGUCGAGCACAACUUGCCCGACACCAUUGUCUGCGAGUACGUUUGCAUGAACAGUAACGGCAGCGCCCUCUACUGGCUCAACCCACAGGGCGGCGCCGAAAUUGCCUUAGAUUUGCUAGCCAAGCAGUCGCCCUAUCUGCAGGUCAAAACCGUCGUCUAGGUUCCUAAACGCGCGACUAACACACUCCCAAAGGAGAUUAAUCAUUUCUAUCUCCGCGGCUAAUUUGCUUCUCGCGUCGCAUUUCCCAACUGGGCUGUGAAAUACGCACCUUUUUUGGGCAUUUUAUCCAUCCAUCAAAUAGCCCCAAUUUUUUCAGUCUUUAGAAAAUUGUGAAAUUAACUGUAAUUUUUCACUACAGACCUUAAAGAGAGACAUGCGGAGUGAAAAAAGUCGUCGAACGCCUCUUUGCUCCCAUAGGAAUCACUUGUUCAAUGUCAGUAGUAAAUCGCUCACCAUUCUGCUACUGAUAAUCGGAAAACCGGGAAAACCGAUUGUUUUUGGCGUCUAAUUUCAGCUGAAGAGUCAAUCUAUCGAUUAUAAGCGCAAAACAGAUUUAAAACAACCAAUUUUAUUGCGGAUAAAGCAGUUAAUACUCUGCUCGGAAUAUCCCCGACUCUGAUUGGCUGACGCAACGCGCAUGUCAGCAGCUCCCACACGCGAUUUACAGCACGCAAGAGCUGCAUUAUUGCUGAGGUUGAAGAGCUGCUGACAUGAUGCGCGUUGCGUCAGACAAUCAGCGAUGAGGAUUUUUCGGGCAGAGCUGCUCUCUCCGAUUUGCGUUUUUACUUUCGCAAUUUUAGCGAUUUUAAAACCAACUUUUUAAGGGUUUCUGCAAUAACAGAUCGAUGAGCCGGCUCUUCAGCUACAGGUGUAGAGAUCAAAUAAUCGAUUCUCGUUCAUUGGUAGCAGAAUGGCAAACCGAUUUACCGCACGCAUUUAAAAUGGGGUUUUUGUGGGAGCAAAAAUGUGUUUGGUUAAUCUAUCGAACCUGCUUUGGCACUCUCAGCCAAAAAGAAAUUGAGUGGAAAACUGUUUUUUAAUUUAAAAAAUUACAUUACUUUCCCCCCAGAUAAAAAUUGCUUUAGCUUUCAUAUUGCUGAUUUAAAAAAAAACAAUUUUUAAGUCCUCAACUUUAACUUCCAAUUAUUUUUUUAAAGCUUGUCCUCUCAUUCAAAAUAUAUGUGCGUAUAGUCUAAAUUUCACAGCCCUAGAAGUUUAAUGUAGUUCUAAAAUAUAUGUAUUUAUACAAUCUCUUGACAGAGAUGCUGCGCAACUUCCAAUGACUUCAAGUGUUGAAAGGCUGUCAUUAAAAUUUUUUAUUUUUAAAACUGUUUAUCUCAACUUUUACCACAGUCCUUGCAAUCACCACUGGAGAAUUUUUUUAAAAUUAUGAUUGAAAGCAAAUAAUUUUGAGCAGUCCCUUUUGCUCUACGCAACCGAAACUGCAAAAUAAUUAAUCGGAUAAAAUGUUUUGCAAUUUUGUUAUUUAAGAUAUCUUCUAGAAUUCAAUAUGAUUUUUUACUAAUUUAAACAAGUGGUGAAGUAAAGACUGCAAAGGUGAUUUGCAAAAAAAAAACUGCAAUUUUGUUCCAUACAAAAUGAUAUAACUUUUAAUUCAACUAUAUUGUGAAAUUCACAAGAAAAGUCUAAGAAUGCUACGUUUUAGUUGGGGGUGAACUUGAUGUACGUUUUUGUAACCCAAGCUCAUUCAUUGGUUGAAUUAUUUUUUUAAUUUAGUAAUUCGCAGAGAUCACAAAGAUUAAAAAGUGACAAAUUAUCAAAAUUAUAUCAAAUUUCAGUCUUAUCUUCAAAAUUUUGUUUAGAAGAGUUACAAUUAGACAGAUAAAUCGAUUGGUCAGAUAUCGCAUUUAAGGAAAUUUCCUUCGGGGGUUUGUUCUGGAUUCUGUUUCUGCAGUCAAAUUAAAUAGAUACCAAAAUUCUGAACGCUGAUGAAAUUUUUAUGUGUAGAUAAAGUUUUCUUGCAAUUUUUAUGCUCCUGGAAAAACUACGUACACAUAAAAAAUAUUAUUUUAAAUUGAUUUUUUGUAAUAGUUGUAAAAUGGAGCCACAUUUCACGUCCAUCAGCUCAGAAUAAUUUUUAAAAUUAUCUUACAUUUUUUACAAACUAUAGUCGAUUUCCAUGACCAAAUUCUAAGAAUAAGGGUCUUUCCGGAAAAAUGAUAUUUUAUUUCAAUGAUUACUUCAAAUUGUAUCGAAAAUUAUCGUUAUUGAACGAACACUGGCUUGAAUUUUUUAUUUUCCCAUGAUCAAUUUAGUUCUGAGCUCUAAAUAUCCCCAAGUGAUCUUUGAAAGGUGCCCGAUCGAAAUCAAUUAAAUUUUUGAUCAACUAAAACUUAGCAUGCUUCCUUGUUAGCUUGACUUUUCGCAACCGCACAAGUUUUUAUCUUGCAUUCUCCUUUCUUGCAUAAAAUGCAACCUGUCUCUGGGACGAAUUUAAUUGAUUUUAAACUGAACAAACUCUCCUCCCUUUCUCCUCUCUUCUCUCUCUCUCUCUCUCUCUCUCUCUCUCUCUCUCUCUCUCUCUCUCUCUCUCUCUCUCAUGCUCUCUCUCUCUAUAUCUCUCAAUCCAAAGCCUGUGCGGCCGAACCACUUUUGCGCCAGGUAGCCAAUCUUGAUAAAUAUAGGUCCCAUGACUCUUGGAUACCACUACACUUGCCUCUAGAUAACAUGUAACUAUCGCUCAAAGAAGUCAGUCAAUAUUGCAACAAUCUUAAAUGAGACAUAUCAUGGUACUUUAAGAAAAGCAAGACGCUGGAAACACAAUUUACGGCUGGAAAAUGGGAAGACAAAAGAACAUAUCGAUCGGAAAAUGUGACGAGGUACGCGGAUCUUGAAAGAAUUGAUGGAAAAAAAAUAAAUAAACGCUUUGGAAUUUGUACACUUACACAACAUGAUUAAAUUAAAUAUAUACAGUAUUAUAUCCGAAACACAAGAGAGCCAUUGGAGUUUUGCGAGGAAUCAACCAACUCUCGAUAUGACUGUAGUUCCGAUUGUGCUUAGAUUAGACUGAUCAAGUUUUGCCACGUUCAACCCCGCAGAAAUCGCUUUAUGAGAUGCAUAUUUACUGAAAAUUUACGCGCCUGACUUUUGCAGGACCAACUUACAUUAAAUUUCAUCUGAUUUUUCUAUACGCGAAACGAGACGCACAAAGAGUUUAUGCAAUCGACGACCAGCACACAUAUCAUUGCAGACGAAAAAGAGCUUGAUUAAUUGUAAUUGACGCGCACUGUUAGAAAGAUGCGUGAAACUGGCGCAAUUUUGCAGGUUUUAAAUUUGUGUUCUUACACCACGGACCAAAAUUCGUUUCCCGACCUCUUCGGUUUGACUGCAGUUUCUAGCAGUGUGCAUAGGUUUUGAACUUUUGAUACUCAUACUUCUUUGAAUAUUUUUAAAAAUUGACUUACAUAAGAUAUGCAUGAAUAGCUUUAUAUACGCGCGCGCACUGCACAAAUACAUAGGCCUAAACGAACUCGCGACUUUUUGCAAGCUGGGGUUGAAUGUGUCACUUGACUUGCUUCACAUUAGUGCUCAAAAGAAUUAGGCAAAGAAUGUCAAUUUGCAAUUUGUACGUACAAUUAUAUUACUAUAUCGAAAGAGAACAAAAAAUUUUGGAAAACACGCAUAAAUAUUUAUAUCUGUUCCUAAGCUAACAUCUUCUUAACCGGAGAAAAGAUCGUAUAUUAUAUAUGACAUAUUUGUGCACAACUAGAGAAUUUGUAACAAAAGAUAUGUAUUUAUAGAAAAGUUGCUUCCAAUUGAACGUUAUAUUUAUGGCGUAGGUGUUUAUAUGAGGCGAGUAUUUUUCUAGAAUUUGAGGCUUAUAAUACAUUGUUAGUGCAUCUGUGAUUAUAAAUUUAUUAAUGUAUGACUGUUUUACCGUUGUUGUGCUUUGUCCUUUUACAAAAAAUCCAGGUGAGCAGGCGAAUUUCGUUCCAGCGAGCUUUACUUUUCAAACGACGCGCGUUAUUGUCAUGCUUUUGUCGGUACAAAAAUUGUGUCUUUUGGUUUGCUCGCACGAGUCGAUGCACAAAACCGUUAAUAGAGUUGUAUCUCUCGUAACAGAUGUUAGGCCUAAUUAUACUAUUUACCAUUCUGCUCGCCGUUGUGACCAAAAGCAAGGGCUUUACCUCGGCGCAAUGGAAAACAACUGCUGUACGUCUCUUUUAUUCUUACUAAAAUAUGCACGAUUUCCUCGGUCGGGCACGCACAGCUUCUGGAAACUUUUCCAAAUUCGGCAGGCCAUUGCAGAAAUAAGCCGUGUUGUUUGGGAAUGACUGCUGAGCAGAGACAACUCAGAGAAAUGGACGAAAUAUUAAUGAUAUGCAUAAAUAUUUAAAAAAAAAAGGAAUUUACGCAUUACACAAUUCAUGUAUUGUGUAGAGAAAUAA